AGAGGAGUUUGCACACUGGCGUCCAAAGAUAUAAGAUUGUCUAUGCACAAGCUCUAUCGCGUGCUGAAACUUUGAAAGCUCAGUGGUUCGUUUCUUAGUGGUGCAGUGUGGUGGUGGAAAGUUUCGACCCUUGAAGGAUCAUCAGAGUACGUAUGGAUUUGACGCCAUUUCAGAUGAUGUUACUGCACUUUAGGAAGAAGUAUAUAUUGAUCAUUCUGCAUCUUCUCGUGUUGUCCAGUAGUGCACACAGAAAGGCGAAGAAAGCCAGAGAUCUGAAGAUAUUACCGCCGCAAUAUGAAGUUUACCCUAGUGAUAAGUUACCGAGUGACUUGCAAGUGACGAAGUAUCUCAUGAGAGGACGACAAACUACGUUUUUCUACUGGUCAACAGUAAAUGGAACAUUAUCAGUGAGCAUCAUUCCUUGUACAUCUGUUAUCCAAUGGAAUUUUGAGUACCAGGGUGAUCGAAUUGACACAGGCAGACAAUACCAUGAAACCGAGAAGAUUUCAACAGAUAAUAUCACCACAAAAAGUUUCUUUUCACAACAGGGUGUAUACGCCUUAUCCUUGAAAGCGACAGAAAACGAUACAUAUGUUCAUUUAUACAUAAGCACUGAAAUUGGGGGUCCUCAAGCUCUGAGAACAUCGCACGCUGAUAAUCUAAGAAUACACCACAAGGAAAGGCGUAAAAGUGCAUCUCUGAAAUGGAACCAAAGUUUAGUAGAUCCCCAGUCGACUGAUUAUUGCUUGGUCAUAAGUACAGAGAAACAUUUCAAUUCGUUGUGUGCAGCACAGGCGUCUAGAUUUGAAUUGCCACCACCUCAGAAUCAGAAAAACGUUCGGGAAUCUACAUCAGCUGUACGAACGAUGGAAAACUGGAGAGGAUCUUUGGAUAAGUACACUGAACAGAUAGAUCCGAUGAUAUCCUGCCUAGGUAAAAAAACACAGUACACCAUAUCGAAUUUGAAGGAAGGAAAAACGUAUUAUUAUAAUCUAUUUGCAAUAAAUAAGCAAUCGAAUCUAACGUAUCCUUAUGGUUCUGUCAGCAAAGUUUUCAAGAGUCAAAUAAAGCCUGUUUCUCUGAAGAAUGGAUAUGGUCAAGCUGUUCUGAAAGGUUCCGAAGAGGAAGCCAUAUUUAGGUAUAAGAUUGGUAGAAAAUCAGAAAAUGAUUUGGAUAUUUUUGUCAUACCCUGUGGAGGUCCUGUUGAUGUUAAACUGAUGUUGAAGGGUGAAUCAAUGCUUAGUGCAAGAAAGAUUGAGGGUUUCCGCAAACUGACAUUAAAGAAUUCCAUAAGGGGAGCGAGAUACCAAAUUAAAGUCCUCACAAAUAGUGGGGAAGAUUACAAGAGAACAACAGGAGUGCAGAUUUAUGCUUCCAAGAGGGCAAUCUCGAAGAUUCCAAUGAUAACAGUGCCAAAAAUAAUGGAAUACGAUACGUUAAGAGAAUGUCACAGCGUUACAGUUGGAUGGAUCUUGGUGCCAGAUCCGAAACCACUCCGGUACUGUGUGAAGGCUAAAGAUGGAAGGCUCAAAGAAACAGACAACUACAGAAUCCCAAACCAAUGCGGCUUAGAAAGAAGAAGAAAGAAGUCUGAGGAUUUCGAAACUAAAUAUUGUAAAGAUAUCAAACAGCUGGAAGAUGGGAAAGUCAACACCUACAAAAUCAGAGGACUUGAUUCAGGGAAGACGUAUGUGAUUCAAGUCACAGUACAGAAACAAAAAGGAAAAACGUUAUCGUAUGAGCUACUCCAAGUGAGUACGAAGAGAUGUUCGAAACGUCAGAAUUUAGAAUGAUCUUCGAUAUUUGAAAAUCCUUCUCAACAUUUCAUUAUCAUAUAAUGAUUUUUAUUUAUUUCAGUAUUUCAUAGGUCCUACUUAUUGUUUUUUACUUUUAUACUGUUAAGGUUUCACUAUUUAUGCAUUAAAUUUGUUUCAGUUA